AUGCCGAAAGGCUCCGGCCGAAGCCAACAAGUCCCGGGUCCGGAACAGCCCGUAUCGGGGGCCAUGGACCUUGACCCAAAGCGACAAAAGAACUGGAUAAAUCAGUUCCAGACCAAGUGGUUGUUUGAUUGGCUAACUUGGCGAACACUCAAUGUCCGAUAUUUCUUGAUCACCGAUCCGAAACUCGAUAUCCGAACUACCAAUUCUCUUACACCAACAUCUCAAUCACUGCCCGUCAUGGCCUCUGAGCUUAAAGAAUACCUCGUCAUCAUCCCUGAUCUUCCCGACGUCCUAGCCAAACGACAAGUCCUACUCAAGCCUCACAACCAAGACGCAGCUCCCCUAGUCAAAGCCGGCCGUGUCCCCUUCUUCGGCAGCACCCUUGCUCACCACAGCGCCGAAGGCCAACAAGUCGCCGAGAAUGGAACAGUCAUGAUCAUCAAAGCUGAGAGCGAGGAGGAGAUCAAGGAGAUCAUCCGAAAAGAUAUUUUUACGAUUGAGGGGGUUUGGGAUUUUGGAAAGUUGUCUAUCUGGCCUUUCAAGAGUAAAUGA